AUGAAGGAUCUGGAUCCAUUGUGGUAUUUUCUUGGAAUUGAGGUAGCUUCUUCUCCUAAGGGCUACUUUUUAGCGCAGGCCAAGUAUGCCAAUGAGGUUAUUCAUCAUAUCGGUCUUAUUGACACUAAGAUUUCUGAUACCUCCAUUGAGCUUAAUGGUUUAUUGUUGUCUUCUACUUCCUCUUUUGACUUGGUAACUUAUGCUAAUUUUGAUUGGGCUGAUGAUGUCACUGAUCACAAAUCCACUUCUGGCUUCUACAUGUUUCUUGGUGAUUCCUUGAUUUCUUGGAAGAGCAAGAAACAGAUUGUUGUUUCACAUGUCACUGCCAAGGCUGAGUACCGUGCUAUGGCCUACGCCACUGCUAAGAUUAUUUGGUUUCAUUGUCUCUUGUCUGAUUUGGGUGUCCCUCAGUGUUUCCCAACCUCUCUUUAUUGUGACAAUCACAGUGCUAAUCAGAUUACCCAUAACAUUGUCUUCCAUGAGCGGACGAAGCACAUUGAGAUUGAUUGUCAUUUUGUUCGUCAGCAUCUGCAGUCUGCCUCUAUCUCACUUCCUUUCGUCUCUUCGGCACUACAACUUGCUAACUUCUUUACCAAAACUCACAUCAUUGCUCGUUUUUAA